AUGAAUACUGCCGUUAAGAAGUCACCGCUUCAGGUGGCUAUGAUUGGCAUUGGCCAUCGUGGAUACAAGACCCAUUUUCGUAUCAUCCUCGAGAACCCAAGAUCAUGGAUUGUGGUGGCGUGCUGUGAUACCAACGAGAAGACCCGACAGGCAUUUUCUCAGAAACACCCGAACAUCAAUGUAUACAAAGAUGUCGACGAUCUGCUGAAGAACAACAAGCAGAGACUAGACUUUGCGAUUGUCUGCGUCCCACACCAAUACCACUUGGAAUGCUGUCGGGCGUUAGCUCAGAGAGGAGUACCUAUCCUGAAGGAGAAACCCGUUGCAGAGUCGCCGGUCGAAUAUCAGCAGCUCCAGCAACUUCCCGUCAAAAUCGGCAUUACUUUCCAGAAGCGCUUUGAGCCACGCUAUCUGGCGAUGAGGGAUCUCAUUUCUCAGGUUGGACAGGUUGCUUCAUUCACUGCAACACUUACAGCCAAUAUCACGGAACUGGACGCUACGUGGAGGGCAACAAGUGAUGUUGGUGUUACUGAAGACUUAGGAUGCCAUAUGUUGGACAUGAUUGUGUCCCUCUUUGGGAGGCCGACUUCAAUCACCGCCCAAAAUACUAAGGGCAUCAGGAUUGACCAGGAAUAUGGGGGAGAUGACGUUUCGAACAUCAUUAUGAACUUUGGAGAGGCAGCAAAGCGUAACAUAGGUCACGUUCAUCUCUCAAGAGUAGCUCACAGGAACGAAGAACGUCUCAUCAUUACUGGUACCCACGGCACCUUUGCCUUAGAAGGCAAAGAUGUAAGGCUACGAGAUAGUAAUGGCAACGAAACGUUUCAUUUCCACGACACUUCGGAGAAGAAGUAUGUUGUCAACUCGAUGUUGCAACAAUUCUCUGCCUGGGUCACCGGUGCAAAGUCCGAUUUCCUCGCCUCUAUCGCCAACCUAGAAGAUACCGUCAUGGUGAUGGAAGCCACUCGCCGUGCAUACAACAGCCCAAAUGCCACUGAGACGGUUACUACUCCCGGAAACUCUGCUGGAUCUUAUGCACAAGCUUCUCUAGCAGGUGUGCAUCAUGUAUGGCCACUGCUUUCGCCCGAGUCUGAGGCUGCUGUUGUACGUCAGAUGCAUUCUUCACUCUCCAUCUACAACAGGUCCGACAUCUAUGAGGUCUUUGAAGAAAAAUGGCUCAAGAUGCAUGGCUUGAAACACGCUCUUGUAUGCAGCUCUGGGACUAUAGCAAUUCUCCAUAUGCUUGAGGCGUUGGACUUGCGACCUGGAGAUGAGGUUCUCUGCCCCGUAUACACUUUCUUCGCCACGGCAUCGCCCUUAAUGCCGUAUGGUUCUGUCCCUAUAUUCUGUGACAGCCUGGAAGAUGGAAACAUCGAUCCAGAUGAAAUACUCAAGCGAGCCACGCCUAAAACAAAGGCGGUUAUCGUCACCCAUAUGUGGGGAUUGCCAUGUCGCAUGCGCCAGAUUGUCGAUAAUGCUCGAAAGGUGGACAUCAAGGUGUUGGAAGAUUGCUCCCAUGCCCAUGGCGCGAUUGUUGAUGGCCGGACCGUCGGAUCCUGGGGUGAUAUGGCUGCUUGGUCUUUGCAGGCUAAGAAGAAUGUAAUGGGCGGACAGGCCGGCGUCCUAGCUACCAAUUCGACGGAUUACUACUCCCGAGCCAUUCUUCAUGGGCACUUCAAUAAACGUGCGAAGCAGGAAGUUCCGCACGAUCAUCCAUUGCGGAAAUUUUGGCCCCUUGCAAACCAGCAACUUGAUCUCCUGCCAGUCCAUGAUCGAUACCGCCAACAUUAUGCUUUCUACAUUGCAAAAGGCCUAUCCACUAUUCCCUUUCUCAAAAUGCCUGUUGUCAACGACAACAGCAAUGAUAAGCAUGCCUGGUAUGCCUUUGUAAUGCAAUUCGAUUCCUCAAAGGCGCCUGAGGGCCUCACCCGUGAUGAGUUUGUGCAGGAACUAGUCGAUGUCCAUGGGCUGCUGGAAGUAGACAUCCCGUGUUCGACAGGCUUGUUGAAUGAGCUGCCAUUGUUCACCCAUUCCCACGAAGCUGUUCCAAGAUUUGGUGAUAAAAGAUGGGGCAAGAUACAGCCAACGACAGAAUUCCCGAAUGCGUUGCAAUUUUACCAGUGCGCUAUAAAGCUCCCUGUGUGGGCUACGGAGAGUGACAUGCCUAUCGUGGAACACUAUGUGAAGACAUUCCUAGCUGUUGCUCGUGAGAUGACACAGCGGGAACUGAGACGAAAGAAUCCGGACCCUGGCUCCAUCAAUGAACGGAUUCAAGCAAGACUAUAG